CUACCAAAAACGCAGAAUGAUGUUUAAUGCAGAACAAAUUCAAGCUUCACAUAACAAGAGUAGUAGGCAUCACCGUAUUUGGAAAUAUUGAGUACAAUAGAGAGCUGACAGAGCAAUGCAAUGGCGUCUCUUUUUCGAGAAUGUCAGCGAGUACAGAGAGCAGUUUGGUGUCAUACCCCUCAAAAUUCCAAUCGCCUUGAAAAUUGAAUACUGAAUGCGAAAUUUACCAGUAGCCAGAUAGAUCAUUGCUGUCUGUGCAAAUUAGUUGGUGAUUAGCGUUAACAAUUUCUUGGCACAUUUUCUAAACGGAGCUUCUCACUUGCAGUUUGGGUGUUCGGUUGUUUAUUUUUCAUUUUUUGUUGGUAAUUUAAAUUUAAUUUAAAAGGUAGAUUCGAAAAGGGAUUUUUGUUAAAAAAACAUUUUCACAUAUUUUUUAUUUUUCAGAUGGUAAGAUAGGAUUUUUGGUACCUGUAGUUUUUCGCAGGUUAACGUUGAACAUGAAAAAUCGGAAAUCCAUCCACUUUUUCCAAAUCUAAAACUUCAUACCGUCGAAGGCAAAAGCGAUGACAAUGAGACCAUUGGUACUGAUAAGCGCAUUCCUCUUGUUUGAGUGUUUGCUAAAAUCUGCCGUCAAAAGCCAUGCCUUCGCACCACACACAAAAUCGACGCUCGCCUUCCCAAAAUCUCCUCGCUUCGGGACUACAGAUUGCAGGAUGGUUUUGAAAGACGAAGGCGGCGACGAUGGUGUAGAUUCCAUAGCCUGCGACACUGACGUUAUCAUCAUCGGUGGUGGAUUGGUGGGUGCGGCUACGGGGUUGGCGCUCUCUCGAAGGGGUAAAUCGUGCACGAUAUACGAGCAGACCCAGUCCCUGCGAAAGGUCGGAGCGGCGAUAGGGUUGUACCCUAACGGUCUKUCAGCACUCGAGCAUAUCGCACCUGACGUGGCURAAAUGGUCCGAAAGAAUUGCUCCCCCUGUCUYGUGUUCGAACGACGAGAUGCGAGUACCGACGAGGUAGUUCGAAGCACCAGCGUCCCACAUCUGAACGAGACUUCACCGGUGAUGUAUGCGUGGUUCUUGCUCCAGCAGCACCUCGUAGAGGCUUUGCCAGAGGAUUGCCUACAGCUAGGGCACUCGUUUCAAUCCUACAAGGUGCUGGACGAUGGGCGGGUUGAGGUUUMUCUCUURGACAAUGGAAAASAAGUCACGAAAACGUGCCGUCUCUUGAUCGGUGCGGACGGGAUUCAUUCAAGGGUUAGAUGCCAGCUCCUGGGCGAACCCCCCACAACGAAUUACUACGGCAAGGUCAUGUACCGCGCCGUAAUAGAGAAGGAACGGGUGGAUCGCGUCUUGGAAAUCCCUGAAGGUAGYCAAAUCUCUUGGCAGGGYACCGAAAUCGGAAAGUCCUUUUCGGUGCGGGAGACUACAGAAGGUAUCAUUACGGUGACAGCGGCUGCCCUCGAUGACUCACCGAACGGCGAUUCGAGGUCGGYCAAUGCUACCGUUCCCCRCGACAAUUUUACCCACAAAAAACACCUGCAGAGUUUGUUUUCUGGUUUUUCUCCAACAGUGGGUGCYAUCAUYGGUCUCUUGCCGGACACCUUCCACCGAGACUUUUUGCGCGACAUCAAUGUUCCCAACGAAACCGGCUGGUGCGACGGCCAACAGGUGCUGCUGGUAGGGGACGCCGUUCAUGCAAUGACYCCGGGGAUGGGACAAGGGGCCAACCUCGGUCUGGAGGAUGCCUGCGAAGUASYAGAAACCAUCGUGCAAAAACGGCCCCUCUCGGACUUUGUGCGGGCUCGGAUCGACCGGGUUAGAGCCAUCCAGGAACGUUCCGCGGAAAACACGCUACAGUCCAAUGCCUACACCAGGGACAACGCGUCGACGCCUUUUCAGCGGCGAAAGUAUUCCCAAUGUUUCAAGGAUGAUCUCUACCGGUGGAAACCUUCCCUGACAAAAGCCCCCACRAGGGAAUGAGUAAAUUCAUGAAUCAGCAAUGAAUUGCCAUGGACCAAUCCAUGGAUCUCCAAAGGCCUGAUUGCCUCCCAUUGGUUGUACACUACUCGUGUGUAACAUUAAAAGCCAAAAAAAAUUAGAAUAGAGACAGUAAUUUACA